AUGAAGACUCUAGUGGGGCUAUCUCCUUUCCAGUUAGUCUAUGGGAAGGCUUGUCAUCUACCAGUGGAAAUGGAGCACCGCGCUUAUUGGGCUCUAAAGUUCUUGAAUUUUGACCCCUCCAUGUCUGUGGAAAAGAGAAAGAGGCAACUGCUCAAAUUUGAAGAGAUGCGCCUUCAUGCCUACGAUGCUUCCAAGAGCUACAAGGAGAAAGUCAAGUUUUCUCAUGACAGGAAGUUGGUUAAGAAGUCCAAAUGGUCUGGGCCGUUCACCAUCAAGGAUGUCAAACAACAUGGAGCAAUCGAGCUGAUGGAUCCAUCCUCUGAGGACCCACAAAGAAGUUGGGUAGUCAAUGGGAAACGACUCAAACAUUACUUGGGUGGUGAGGUUGAACGCCUCAUCACAAGCAUUGAGUUGGUUGACCCUUGA